ACAGCUUGCAGAGGUCGAUUGUUGGCUGAAGCGAGAACAAGUGUAUUUUCCUCGUUCUGUUUGAUCGGAUCCUCUCCUCGUCCCGCCUCUCCUUCUUUUCUCUUUCUACUUUGCUGUUCUUUCUUGAACGGCCUCAGGAUCGAGUGUGGUUUCUUGCGAGAGCCAAGCAUCUCUUUGUUGUCGAUCUAUCUUCAAAAUAGCGCCUAACAAGAUGAUGACGGAGAAUGUGCCCGAUGCACACUCCGUAACAGCAAUGAUCCAGGCAUCUCCUGAGUGUGCUUCUUGCUGUACACAGUAUGAUUUUACUCCAAGCCCGUUGCCAUCACCGUUCCCCCCUGCUACAAACCGAAUCAUUUCUAAGAAUCAUCCGGUGCCAUGCGAGAAUCACGUUGUCUCUCGUCUCAGCGAUUGUCAUGUUAGAAGUCACCAUGGACAUGCUGCACAUGAUUCAGUAUGUGCCAAUCGUCAUCCAGACGAUAUUUCAAUCGCCACAUGGAACGUUGCAGCUGUGAACAACAAUCCUUUCGAGUACUGGGUCACGCACCCUGAUCCUGCUUAUAACUCGUUGAUGGAAGGAGUCCAGAAAGUCAUUGAUCAUCCUGAAGAGUACGACGUCGAAGUUCAUGAAGUUCUGACAGACUCCAUGGUGGAGCAGCUCAUGUGUGACCUCCAGCGCCAGAAGGCUGUAGGCAUUGCAGAGGUGAAGCAGCUUUGGCAGGACGACUUCAGGAGCAGAAAGAUCGUCUCAGGAUUCCUCAAGGAUUCGAAUAUCGGCAAGAAGAGGCUUGCAUCCAUGCCUGACCGCAUUACAAACACAAUCAACUGUGUCGGCGGCCAGACAAUGAAGCGACCGACGGUUAUCAACUAUUACGAGAAGGACAUGGGGGACAGAGAGUCUUGGUGGUCGCAAUGGCGAGAAUUUAUCUUCAAUACCGAAGUUGAAGUGUACAGUUCUGGAGCUCGACAGGCGCCAAAGUUGGUUUACUCGCUCCUCGAGCCCAUUCUUCACAAGAAAUACCCGGCUCUCUCUGUCGAAGAGGAAAGGAUCAGCCUUCCUCUCCAAGUUCUUUGCCUCGCCAUCUUCGAUGCGAUCCAGCUUCACAUCUUGAACACGGUCGCGCCCGACUCGUGGCAGAGGAUCAGAAGGUCUCUUGCGGACGCCUUACUCAUCAACAAAGAUAGACAAGUUGCAUCUGUGAUUUUGAACACUUACGGCUCCUACGAGAUUGUUUUUGUUCAGGAAGCGGCUGGGGCGUUUGUACAUGGAGAACCAGGAAACUUGUUGGAAGAGCAGUACAUUCCUCUCUUGCCUUCAGUCAUGGAUGGAAAGAGAGAUCAGAAUUCCCUUAUCCUUGUAAAGAAAGAUGUAUUUCUUGCAUCUGCUGCUCAGAACAUUACAGAUGAGGUUCUCCAAGUUCACAAGAAGGCAACUGAGAGCACUCCCGGAGCCGUUUUAUACCCCGGAGAUCUUGCGGCUUAUUGCAUCGAUGCCACCAACGGCAGGAAGUUCCUUCUAGCCUCGUUUCACGGAGAUACCAAUGGGCUGGCCACAGUCCCUAUCGUCCGGGCUCUGCAUGAAGUUGCCAGCACCAAGUACCCUGAGCGCAUCCUCAUCAUCGGACUGGACGCGAACACCUACAAGGUGCACAACGACCAGUAUCAGGGAGUCUCAGAGUUCCAGAGCUUCUUGGAGGAGAGAGGGUUAAUCUCAUGCUGGGGCCCGACACCCAAUCCCUACAGCCCCACCACUUGCAACGCCCGUACGUUCCUUCAGCCCCAGCUGAACAAGGCGGUGAGAAGGGACGACAGAAUAACAAAGGCAGACAAGAAUCUCAAAGAUUGGAUCGUCUUCUCCUCGUCCCAGCUCGAGUGCCGAUGUGCACACAAAGACAACACCGGAAAGGCAUCCUACAUCGAAGACAUGGUCUUUCCUACCAUGAACUUUCCUUCCGACCACGCCAUCGUCGCUGCAACUGUCACUGUGAAAAGGAGCGAAGUAUGAUUAGGAUGAUCGACAAUUUCGAGAAUCUAUUGUUAUAUAUGCCAGUCUGAUUAAAUGAAGUUUUACAUUC